AUGCUUGAAUUCGAUGCACUCGUCCUUGGCGCCGGCUUUGGUGGCUUAUACCAGCUCAAGCGUCUUCGAGAACUUGGACUGCAAACGGUUGCGAUAGAAAAAGCACCUAGUGUGGGUGGAACAUGGUACUGGAACCGGUACCCAGGUGUGAUGAGUGAUACCGAAAGCUAUCUUUAUCGGUAUUCGUGGGACAAAGAAGACUUGCAGACAUAUCCCUGGUCACAUCGUUAUGUUCAAGGGCACGAGGUCCUCGAAUACCUCAAUCACAUUGCAGACAAGCAUCAACUCAAGAGGGAUAUUCAUUUCAAUACAACUGUGAAAUCAGUCAAAUGGAUUGCGGAACGAAACAAAUGGUACAUAGAGAGCGACAAGGGUAUUUACACUGUCAGGUACUUCAUCGGAGCAAUUGGGCUACUAUCUGUUCCCGUAUUCCCAGACAUACCUGGACGGGAGAAUUUCAAAGGAACUAGCGUGCAUUCAAGCCGGUGGCCUCAAGACUUGGAUUGUUCCAAUAAACGUGUUGGCAUCAUUGGAUCCGGGUCCACGGGGGUUCAAAUCAUCACUGCUUUAGCACCGAAGGUGGAAAGCUUGACAUGCUUCCAACGCAAUCCGCAGUACACUGUGCCAAGUGGAGACAGACCAGUCACUGUCGAAGAGCGGAAAUGGAUCAACGAGAAUUAUGAUAAAAUUUACGCGGACAUGAAAAAGUCCUCAACCUGCUUUGGAUUCAUUGAAACAGAUGUCAAGUAUGCUUCGAAGACACCCAAAGAACGGGAAGCCAUUUUCGAGUCCUUAUGGCAGCAAGGGAAUGCAUUCCGGUUCAUGUUCCUCAGCUUUGGAGAUAUCACUUAUAGCAGAGAGGCUAACGAGGGCGCAUGCAAUUUCAUUCGCAAGAAGAUUUCGCAGAUCGUGAAAGACCCCGUGAAGGCCCGCAAGUUGCAGCCAACGCAGCUUUAUGCCAGACGGCCCUUGUGCGACAAUGGCUAUUAUGAGCAAUUUAACCGGAAGAAUGUCGAGGUGGUCAAUCUUCAGGAGACGCCAAUUGUGCAAGUCACCCCAGAUGGCAUCCAAACCCAAGAUGGGAGUGUCCACGAGCUCGACAUUAUUAUCUAUGCCACCGGUUUUGAUGCGGUCGAAGGAGCGUAUAAUCAAAUCGAGAUAAUAGGCUCACGGGGCGAAACUUUGCGCCAGCGCUGGGACAGACUUGGACCAACGAGCUAUUUAGGAAUUUCAGUACCAGGAUUUCCAAACUUUUUUAUGGUCACUGGUCCCCAAAGCCCAUUUACAAAUCUACCUCCCGCAAUUGAGGUACACGUUGAACUUAUCACCACCUUGAUUAAGGAUUCCGAAGCAACUCGUUUAUCGGCAAAUCCAAAAGUUGUGAUAGAGGCGUUGGAUUCAGCCGAAUCUUAUUGGAUGAAGAAAUGUGAAGCAUACGCCGCACGUUCAUUGUUUGCAGAAACACCAUCGUGGCUCUUUGGACAGAAUGUUGUCGGGAAGAGACCAGCGCCCCGGACCUUUCUCGGCGGAAUGAAUGGUUAUUUGGCAGAAAUAAAGAAAGUCCUCCAAAACGACUAUGUGGGUUACAAGCCAAUCAAAGUGAAAGAAACCUCAAAAAUGGGCUUAGCAGGACGCAAACGUGCCGCAAAUCAGAUCAAAAGCUUGAUUUGA